GAGCAGGGAAGGAUUACGGAUACAGUCACACCAUGACCGGACCCUCCUGCUCAUCUGUCGGACUCCUGCUUCUCCUGAUUGGCUACGUAGCAGCAGCAGAAGUCACAGUGACCUGCACUGAAUCCACAAUGAAGGUUGAGGUUGAAAAAGCUUCCUUCUUUCGACUCGAGGAGGACGAUCUUUGCCUCAUCGACUCCAGCAACGCCGUCUGCAGUCUUGGUGAGCACUCCAACCGAACUCACAUCAUCGCCAUCAUUCCUCUCAACGACUGCGGUACCGAGAUCGAGGAAAACGAUGAUUACCUUAUUUUCAAGAAUGAGAUCACCAUCAAGGAAGACGACCCCAAACACCUCAUCACCAGGAAGCACCUGGCGGAGGCCCGGUUCUACUGCCAGUACCCCAAACGGGGGAAUGUGAACCAGAUAUACUUAGCACAGAACGUCACGGUGUUUGAUAAAGGUUUCGGGACAUUCACUUACCAGUUCGAGUUCUACAAGGACGACCAGUUCAACGCUGUAUAUGACUCAAACUCAUAUCCACUGCUGUUUACAAUCGGAAACAGGAUCUACAUGCAGAUCGACGCCAGCUCCUCUAUCAAGAACACGCAGAUCUUUGUGGAGUCCUGCAGAGCCGCACGUUUUUAUCACCAGCUGUACCCAGGUUUGCCUCCACACCAUGACCCGUCCCUCCUGCUCAUCUGCUGGACUCCUGCUUCUCCUGAUUGGCUACGCAGCGGCAGGACUGGAGUCCGACCGGCGACCUCAGGCGGCGCAGUCAAGCAUCUGUCGGGAACACACCAACCUUCACAACCGGCUGGACGCGGUGGAGAAGAGGGUGGAGAACACAGUCAUGAAGUUGGAGGGGGAGCUGGCUGCUCUAAUGGAGGCCAUCGAUGCGCCGCAGUGGCGCCCCCUGCUGGACACAUCUGGAAAGACAGUUGUGGACAUCCUGGAGGAUCCAGCUCAAAGGCGCCAGUCGUGAAUGGAGAAUAAACCCCACGUCACGAUGACACAAAAUCUCUACAUAGACAAUUCUGCGCAAAAGUUUCAAGUCUUUAUGUUUAAUCGAGACAAAAAGAAUACGCACUGCAAAAAUACAAAAUCUUACCAGGAAUUUUUGUCUAGCUACUGGUGGAAAUAUCUUACAAAACUAACUUGAAAUUAACUCUUCAGCAAGACAUUGAUUGUUUCAAUUCAACAUAAAUAAAAAAAGUACUAAUUCCACUUACAGAUUUUGUUUACUUCAAGUUUUGUAAAAUCUGCAAAUAUGUUUUUGCGACAGCAUUUGACAAAAUGUAAUGAUUGUUUUGGUUUUCAUAGCUGUAGACCACAUGAUGCAUUUAUGUUUGUUUUUUGAACUGCCAUGUUCAUGAAAUGUGUUACAGAAAUAAACCUGAUUGAAUGACCUUCAGAAACUAGACAAAAAUACUCGGUACAAUUUUGUUUUUGCAGUGUAGAUGCAGCUGUUUAUUAAAAUGCUGGUCCAUUUCUUUAUUUUUGUAUUUUGUGGUUAUGAGUCAAAUUGGUGUGAAAUGUCUCAGUAGGAAAAUAUCAGUUUUUCCUCAUAAUGAUCAGCUGGGUAACAACUUUCAGACAAUCUGAAUAGGAAGUGAGUGAAUAACAUUUUUGUGACA